AUGGCUGCUAUGACGAUGCUUGCAUAUGGCACAACUCCAGAUUCGACAAAUGCCUCCAGAUGGCUGAAAUUUUGCUACUGUUGUGGUCAGGGUGUGUUUGGACUGAUGUACUUGACAGAACCAAAUGCCGCAGACACAAGAAAGCUCAUGGAAAUUGAAGAAUCAAAGUGGUUUCCAGGUCUGACAAUGACAUCAACAUGCCACAACGGUCUCCGUUAUUUGCAAAGUUGUGGGCGAAGCUUGUACAUGCACUAUACCAUCAAUGAUCACGCUUACAACAUGGGAUACUAUCUUUAUGAUGGUAUCUAUCCUCCAUGGGCGACCUUCAUCAAGACCAUCUCUAAGCCAAGGGGCCGUGUUUCCUUAGGCGUCGUCGACGUCGAUUAUUCUGCGCCAAUUGGCCCUACGAAUGACUUACCCCGUCACCUCACCGUCAAGCAGAAAUCGGAAGGAAAUAGUGUGGUAAUGGCGCUGCCAGUAGUUCGUCCAUGCCAGGAAGAGCCCACCCUACCGCCGCCGACGGGGACGCAAUUCAGCAACCAGCUAGCUGCCGCUGUGAGGAGCAUCAACUGGAGCUACGCCAUAUUCUGGUCCAUUUCAACCAGCCGUCCAGGGGUUCUGACGUGGAAGGACGGGUUCUACAACGGCGAGAUAAAAACGAGGAAGGUCACCAGCUCGGCGGACAUCACCGCCGACCAGCUCGUCCUGCAGAGGAGCGAGCAGCUGCGGGAGCUCUACGAGUCUCUCCUGUCCGGCCAGUGCGACCACCGGGCGAGGCGUCCCGCCGCCGCGCUGUCGCCUGAGGACCUCGGGGACGCCGAAUGGUACUACACCGUCUGCAUGGGCUACGCCUUCCGCCCUGGUCAAGGGUUGCCAGGCAGAAGCUUUGCGAGCAACGAGCAUGUUUGGUUGUGCAAUGCUCAGUGCGCAGACACCAAAACCUUCCAACGCGCGCUCUUAGCAAAGCUAUUGUUAACUAAUAUCAUGAUGUCCACCAUGUAUGGCGCCCAUGCAUGCUACCUCUGCCGGUUGAACCAGACGGCGUCUAUCCAGACAGUCGCCUGCAUUCCAUUGAUGGGUGGUGUGCUUGAGCUGGGGACAACAAACACAGUUUUGGAGGACAAGGGCAUGGUAAACUGGAUCGGCACAUCUUUCUGGGAGCUGAAGUUCCCAACAUGCUCGAAGUCGGAGGAGCCGAACUCCAUCCCAUCAGUAGACGAUACUGGGGACGCUGACAUCGUGUUCGAUGUCCUCAACCAUAAUACCAUGGCCAUGAUGAUACCCGGGGAACUUGAGCUAGGGGAGGUCGAGUGCCUAUCCGACGACAACCUUGAGCGAAUCACGAAGGAGAUCAAUAGGUUCUACGGCCUCUACGAUGAGCUGGACGUGGGUGCUCUCGAGGAAAACUGGACCAUGGGUGGGUGUUUUGAGAUCAUGUCUUCGCCGGAAGUGCCGCCGGCGCCUGCCGCCACCAAUGGGAUCACUAAUGGUGCUGUCACUUUGAGCUCCGUUGAACCCUCUCGCUCAUCAUGCUUUACGGCUUGGAAGAGAUCGUGGGACUCGGCCGAAGACAUGGCUACGCUGGUCGCCAGGGAGACACAGAAGUUGCUGAAGAAAGCUUUGGCCGGUGGUGCAUGGGCAAAUAAUGGUGGCGACGACACCGCGAGAGCUCAGGAAAGUACCAACACCAAAAACCAUGUCAUUUCGGAGAGGAGGCGUCGGGAGAAGCUCAACGAGAUGUUUCUGAUUCUCAAGUCAUUGGUCCCGUCCAUUCACAAGGUGGACAAGGCAUCCAUCCUAGCUGAGACGAUAACCUAUCUCAGAGAGCUCGAACAGAAGGUGGAGGAGCUAGGAUCCAACAGGGCGGCCAGAACAACAGCUGUCAGAAAACGCCAUGAAGUCGGCGGGAAGAAGGUGUUAGCUCGUUCUAAGAGAAAGGCAUCAGAGCUCGGCGGGGACGACACGGAGAGGGUGCUCCCCAAGGACGACGGCCUGAGCAGUGUCAUCAACGUCACCGUGACUGACAACGAGGUGCUCCUGGAGGUGCAAUGCCGGUGGAAGGAGCUGCUGAUGACACAAGUGUUCGACGCCAUCAAGAGCCUCCGCCUGGACGUGCUCUCCGUGCGCGCGUCGACGCCCGACGACCUCCUCGCUCUCAAGAUACGAGCUCAGUUUGCCGGUCCUGGCGUCGUGGAAACUGGGAUGAUUAGCGAAGCACUUCAGAGAGCUAUUCGCAGGCCAUGA